AUGACUAACUUGUGCUUUUUUAAAAAUUCAGCUGAAUACAUGGAACAACUUAGAAAAAAGGACAAAUUACUAGAUCAAGUCGAUGAUAGUCAUGCUGGACCAUCUACUUCCAAAGCAAAGAGCAAAUCUCCACAUAAAGAACGAGAAAACUUUAGAAGCACUCUUGUUAAUGUCAUCAUGCAACAAGAUGCUGUCUCAGACUCAACUACUCCUGAUGAAAGCACAUUUUCAAAACUGACCUCUUCUGCAAUAGAGAAAGACAUCUUGCGAUACUACUAUUAUAUUCACCAUGGAAUUGAUACGGACCACAUAGCCCCAAUGGAAGAUUCUUGGCUAGAACAUGUAUUAAAUUUAAUCCCCCAACACCUGAGAGUCCUGACUAACAGCAUACAUGCAUUAUCUGAGGAAAUGAGAGAAGAUUAUCUUCUUAGUACAGUGUCGGGAGGCAAGAGACAAGAAAUUGAAAGGAGGAAGGGGAAGAAGAAAAGAAAAUUACGCUUAAUUGAUACAGAAGAAUUUCACAAUCGCCAGGAGGCAUUAGAGCUGUCAAAUUUUCAGACCAUUGUCAUGAGACACAUGGAAACUGCCAAAGAGACUCUACUGAAAAUGUGGUUCCCAGAAGUACAGAAUAUUUAUUACCAAGGUAAUAAAAAAAAGCAAUUGCCAACUGGUGACAGCAGUGCCAAAUUGGAAUCUUUUUUCAACUGUGCUGCUACACUUAUGACUUUACAGCUACAAGAACUCACUUUGGUCUCCAUGCAAGAUUUCACAGACUUAAUUGCACAACCCCCAGAAAAUAACUCUAAACCAGCAACCUUGAAGCCAGUAAUUCUGAAUGAAAUUGUCAAUGCUCAUAAAGAAAAGAUUAAGGAAGUGGUAAUGAAAGAGAGUGUGGCACCUACCGAACACCUCAGACUCUAUGACAAGUAUGAUUUUUUGAUCACCAGAAAAGCUGAGCAAGAUGUUGAAUCUUUCCUUGCAGAAAACCAUCAUUAUGAGAAAAUAAUACAAGAAAUUCGGAAAUACCAAAAACUAAUAGAGGAAAUACAGUACACAUCUAUAAAGGAUUCUAUUAGAGCUUUUGAACAUCCAGGUUUCAUCGUGAGGCUGAUUCUUGAUAAUGACACCAUUAAGUUUGAACCUGAAUUCGAUGACUAUAUACACAUCCUUCUAAAUGUUUAUGAUGUCAUGAUGAAGGCUGUCAGUUAUGUGCCAAGAGUUGAGAUCAAAUUGUAUUCCAAAUGGAUGUCAUCUAGUUUAUGUGAUGAAUUUGAGAAGAUAGCUGAAAAAGCUCUUAGUACUCCUCCAAAUACAACAGAACUAAUGGAAAUGAAGGCUUAUAUUCAGAAAGUAGAGACAGUUGAUAUGAUUGAACUGGGACAGAGACUGGUGGAUUCUAAAAACUGCCUCGCCUUCCUCAUUGAGUGUAGCAACUUUUCCCCGGCAGACAUCCGGCUCAAUAAUAAUGUUUUCCAGUGGUAUGGAAGAAUGGAAGAAAUUUUCGAUGAACACAAGAAAAUCAUGAAAGAGAAAACAGAACAAUAUCAAGACGGUCUUAAGUUACGCUGUGAACGGUUUGUGGAGGAAUUGGAGAGUUAUGCUAAGCAGGCAGAAGAAUUUUACUCAUUUGGAGAUCUUCAGGAUAUACAACGAUACCUGAAAAAGGCUCAAAUACUGAAUGGAAAGUUGGAUUUAGCAGCAGAUAAGAUUGAGCAGUUUAACGCUGAAGAGGAGGCAUUUGGUUGGCUACUAUCAGUAUAUCCUCAACGUAAAAAAAUCCAAGAUGGGUUGAACCCUUAUCUUCGUCUCUAUGAAACUGCUGUUGAAUUUAGCAGUAAAUAUAAAGGAUGGACAGAAGGACCGUACAACAAGGUGAAUCCAGACCAAGUAGAAACAGAUGUUGGCAAUUACUGGAGAGGACUAUAUAAACUGGAGAAAACCUUCCAUGAUUCUCCAAAUGCAUUGUCAAUGACAAAAAAAGUAAGAGCAAAGGUGGAAGAUUUCAAGCAGCACAUUCCUCUCAUUCAAGUGAUCUGUAAUCCUGGUUUGCGCCCCAGGCACUGGGAGGCCAUGUCCAACAUUGUUGGUUACCCCCUGCAGCCAAGAGAUGACUCUACCAUCUUUUCUUUUAUAGACAUGAACCUGGAACCAUAUUUAGAUAGAUUUGAAACUAUUAGUGAAGCAGCUAGCAAAGAAUAUUCUCUCGAAAAGGCCCUGGAGAAGAUGAUUAAUGAGUGGGAUACAAUGGAGUUUGUCAUUCUCUCUUAUAGAGAAUCUGGGACAUUUAUUUUGUCAUCAGUUGAUGAAAUUCAGAUGUUGUUGGAUGACCACAUUAUUAAGACACAAACAAUGAGAGGAUCUCCUUUCAUUAAGCCUUAUGAAAAACAAAUGAGAGAAUGGGAGGAGAAGCUCCUGCUGCUUCAGGAGAUUCUGGAUGAGUGGCUCAAGGUCCAAGCCACGUGGCUGUACUUGGAGCCCAUUUUCAGCUCUCCGGACAUUAUGUCUCAAAUGCCUGAGGAAGGCAGACGAUUUACAACUGUGGAUAAAACAUGGAGAGAUAUAAUGAAAAGUGUCAUACAAGAUAAACAUGUUCUGACAGUUGUAACUAUUGAGAGAAUGCUGGAAAAGCUGAAAAAAUCUGAUGAACUUUUGGAACUUAUUCUUAAAGGACUUAAUGAAUAUUUAGAAAAGAAACGUCUGUUCUUCCCCAGAUUCUUUUUCUUGUCUAAUGAUGAACUGCUUGAGAUACUAUCUGAGACUAAAGAUCCCACUAGGGUGCAACCUCACUUAAAGAAAUGUUUUGAGGGAAUUGCAAAGUUACAAUUUUCAGAAAUUUUAGACAUUACUCACAUGAAGAGCAGCGAAGGAGAGGUUGUGGAACUCAUAGAGACCAUUUCAACAGUCAAAGCCAGAGGUCAAGUGGAGAAGUGGUUGGUUGAGUUAGAGAGAGUUAUGAUUAAAUCCAUCCACAAGGUAAUUAGAGCAGCAAUUUUUGCCUAUACACAAUAUGAACGAAUUGACUGGGUAAGGGAUUGGCCUGGACAGACAGUUCUCUGUGUAUCCCAAACCUUUUGGACAAAAGACGUUCACACAGCUAUUUCAGUGGGGCAAAAGGCUCUGGAGCAAUACUUGGAAAAAUGUAAUGAGCAAAUUGAUGAUAUUGUCACCUUGGUCCGUGGAAAAUUGUCCAAGCAGAACCGUGUGACUCUGGGAGCCCUGGUGGUGCUGGAUGUUCAUGCGAGAGAUGUCCUCGCAUCACUUGUUAAUAAAAGAGUUACUGACGACUCUGACUUCGAAUGGUUAAGCCAGCUUAGGUACUAUUGGCAAGAAAAUCAUUUAGAAACGAAGAUGAUUAAUGCUGGCUUACGGUAUGGAUAUGAAUAUCUGGGUAAUUCCCCGAGGCUGGUUAUUACUCCACUCACUGACAGAUGUUACAGAACCUUAUUUGGAGCCCUUCACUUGCACCUUGGGGGCGCACCUGAAGGCCCAGCUGGCACCGGAAAGACUGAAACUACCAAAGACUUGGCAAAAGCUGUAGCCAAACAAUGUGUCGUGUUUAACUGCUCCGAUGGGCUGGAUUAUCUGGCUUUAGGAAAAUUCUUUAAGGUUUGAAUUGACACCUAAUUAUUCUGCAAUAUGAUAACUGCUCAGAGAGGAUGGUUAUUGAUAAUGAAACAUAAUUUAAUGCAAGUAAAUUACAUUAUAGUUUUAGUAAGGCAAAAUACUGUCUCAAUAAUGCUCAAGAGAAACAUUGGGGCAGAUAAAAUGUUUGAAGGAACUGAACUAAAACUUGACCCCACCUGUGCUGUGUUUAUAACAAUGAACCCUGGGUAUGCAGGACGAUCAGAACUGCCAGAUAACCUGAAGGCUCUCUUUCGGACAGUAGCAAUGAUGGUACCCGACUACGCCAUGAUUGCUGAAAUAGUCCUGUACUCUUGUGGGUUUGUCACAGCUCGGCCACUGUCAGUAAAAAUUGUGGCUACUUAUCGCUUGUGUUCAGAGCAGUUGUCAUCGCAGCAUCACUAUGACUAUGGAAUGAGAGCUGUGAAGUCAGUGCUCACUGCUGCUGGGAAUCUAAAGCUGAAAUAUCCAAAUGAAAAUGAAGAAAUUUUGCUGCUCAGAUCUAUUAUUGAUGUAAAUCUGCCAAAAUUUUUGUCCCAUGAUUUACCACUCUUUGAGGGAAUUACUUCAGAUUUGUUUCCUGGGGUGAAGUUGCCAAAACCAGAUUACAAUGAUUUGCUGGUAGCUAUCAAAGACACCUGUGACAGCAUGAAUUUGCAAAUGACCAAAUUAUUUUCUGAGAAGAUUCUCCAAAUAUAUGAAAUGAUGAUUGUGCGUCAUGGUUUUAUGAUUGUUGGAGAACCGUUUGGAGGGAAAACCAGUGCAUACCGCGUCUUAGCUGGAGCACUAAAUGAUAUAUGUGAAAAGGGGUUAAUGGAAGAAAAUAAGGUUCAAAUCACUGUGUUAAAUCCUAAGUCUGUCACCAUGGGCCAGCUGUACGGCCAGUUUGAUUUAGUAUCCCACGAGUGGUCCGAUGGGAUCCUUGCUGUCAGUUUCCGAGCAUUUGCUUCUUCAGUGACACCAGAUAGGAAAUGGUUAGUUUUUGAUGGACCAGUGGAUGCAGUAUGGAUUGAGAAUAUGAAUACUGUGCUGGAUGACAACAAAAAGCUGUGUCUGAUGAGCGGGGAGAUCAUUCAGAUGUCACCACAAAUGAAUCUUAUUUUUGAACCAAUGGAUCUGGAAGUUGCUUCUCCUGCCACUGUUUCCAGGUGUGGUAUGAUUUACAUGGAACCUCACAUGUUAGGCUGGAGACCACUGAUGAUGUCUUGGAUAAACCUCUUACCUGCCUUGGUCAGUGUUACUCAGAAGGAAUUUAUAAUAAGCUUAUUUGACAGAAUGGUCCCUGUUUCUGUUGAAUUUAUUAGAAAGCACACAAAGGAAUUAUCUCCUACUUCAGAUACAAACUUAGUCCGAUCCUUAAUGAAUUUAAUAGACUGUUUUAUGGAUGACUUUGUUGAUGAAGCCAAAGUGAGAGAAAGAAAUGAUGGAGAGGCUUACUCUUUAAUUGAGGGCAUUUUUCUGUUUUCAUUGAUAUGGUCCAUCGGUGCUUCUUGUAAAGAUGAUGAUCGGUUGAAAUUUAAUAAGAUUCUUCGAGAACUCAUGGAAGGUCCAAUUUCAGAACUAACUCGAAAUAGGUAUAAAUUAGUGAGUGGUGCUGAACAAACGUCUUCAAAAACACUGACUGUCCCGUUUCCUGAAAAAGGAACAAUUUAUGAUUACCAAUUUGUUACUGAGGGGAUAGGGAAAUGGGAACCAUGGGUAAAGAAAUUGGCAGAUGUUCCUCCAAUUCCUAAGGAUGUGAUGUUUAAUGAAAUCAUUGUACCAACUCUGGACACAAUUCGAUACUCUGCAUUAAUGGAAUUGUUAACCACCCAUCAAAAGCCUUCAAUAUUUGUAGGACCAACGGGAACUGGAAAGAGUGUUUAUAUUAUUAACUUCCUUUUAAAUCAACUCAAUAAAGAAGUCUACAAGCCUCUGAUAAUUAACUUCUCAGCACAAACAACAGCAGCUCAAACUCAGAAUAUUAUCAUGUCAAAAUUGGACAAGAGAAGAAAGGGAGUUUUUGGUCCUCCUCUGGGCAAGAGAAUGGUUGUCUUUGUAGAUGAUGUCAAUAUGCCUGCUCGGGAGGUAUAUGGGGCUCAACCUCCCAUCGAGUUACUGAGACAGUGGUUAGAUCACUGGAAUUGGUAUGACCUAAAAGAUUGUUCUGUGAUUAAACUAGUGGACAUUCAAAUCAUGUGUGCUAUGGGACCUCCAGGUGGUGGUCGAAAUCCAGUAACUCCUCGAUACAUGCGACAUUUCAAUGUUAUAACAAUCAAUGAGUUUAGUGAUAAAUCCAUGUUUACAAUCUUCUCUAGAAUCUUAACCUGGCAUUUAAAAAUCUGUUAUAAAUUUCCAGAUGAUUUUCUAGAUUUGACCACACAAAUUGUAAAUGGUACAAUGAAUCUGUAUAAAGAAGCAAUGAAGAACCUCUUGCCUACUCCAGCGAAAUCUCAUUACUUGUUCAACCUCCGUGAUUUCUCCCGUGUUAUUCAGGGUGUGUGUUUGUCAAGACCAGAAACAGCAGAAACCAAAGAAGUGAUUAAACGACUUUGGGUUCAUGAGGUCCUUAGAGUGUAUUAUGAUCGCCUUCUGGAUAAUACAGACAGAAGUUGGCUUAUCAACCACAUUCAAGAAAUUUUAGCAAAUUAUAUGAAUGAAAACUUUCACAAACUUUUUCAAAGUUUGGAUCUUAAUAAUGACGGAGUGGUAGAAGAAGAUGACCUACGCAGCUUAUUGUUUUGUGACUUCCACGAUCUCAAGAGAGAGGAUACCAACUACAGAGAAGUUGCAGAUGUGGAUAAUCUUCGGGUUUUAGUGGAAGCUCACCUUGAAGAAUAUAACAAUAUGAGCAAAAAACCCAUGAACCUUGUCUUAUUCCAAUUUGCCAUAGAACACAUCAGCAGGAUUUCCAGGAUCCUGAAACAGCCUCGCAGCCAUGCUCUUCUGGUUGGUGUUGGAGGGAGUGGAAGGCAGUCUGUCACUCGAUUAGCUGCCCAUAUGGCCGAUUACUCCGUUUUCCAGGUCGAACUCUCCAAGGGCUAUGGUAACACUGAGUGGCAUGAAGACUUAAAAAUGAUAUUAAGGAAAUGUGCUGAAGGUGAGUUGAAUGGUGUGUUCCUGUUUACAGAUACUCAGAUUAAGAAGGAGUCAUUUCUAGAAGAUGUCAACAAUCUGCUAAAUGCCGGGGAGGUUCCAAAUCUCUUUGCAUUAGAUGAGAAGCAGGAGAUAUGUGAUAAAAUGCGUCAGUUAGAUCGCCAACGGGAUAAAACCAAGCAAACAGAUGGAAGCCCUAUCGCCCUUUUCAACAUGUUUAUCGAUCGCUGCCGCAACCAACUGCAUGUUGUCCUCGCCAUGAGUCCCAUUGGAGAUGCAUUUCGGAUUCGUCUUAGAAAAUUCCCUGCUCUUGUUAACUGCUGUACCAUUGACUGGUUUCAGUCAUGGCCCGAAGAUGCACUUCAGGCAGUUGCCUCACGCUUUUUGGAAGAAAUUGAAAUGUCAGAGGAAACGCGAGAUGGCUGUAUCGACAUGUGUAAAAGCUUCCACACUUCUACUAUAGAUUUAUCAACAUCCUUCUAUGUUGAACUUCAAAGAUACAAUUAUGUGACUCCCACCUCUUAUCUUGAAUUAAUCUCUACCUUCAAACUGUUGUUGGAAAAGAGGAGAAGUGAAGUAAUGAAAAUGAAAAGGAGGUAUGAAGUGGGUUUGGAUAAAUUGGAUUCUGCUGCAUCUCAAGUAGCCUCAAUGCAGUCUGAGUUGGAGGCUCUCCAUCCUCAAUUAAAAGUUGCCAGCAAAGAGGUUGAUGAAAUGAUGGUGAUUAUUGAAAGGGAAUCUGUAGAAGUUGCCAAAACUGAAAAAAUAGUGAAAGCUGAUGAGACCAUAGCAAAUGAACAAGCUAUGGCUUCUAAAGCUAUUAAAGACGAAUGUGACGCUGACCUGGCAGGGGCCUUGCCGAUAUUAGAGUCAGCACUCUCUGCUCUUGAUACUCUCACUGCGCAGGACAUUACAGUGGUAAAAUCCAUGAAGAGUCCUCCUGCUGGUGUCAAGCUUGUUAUGGAAGCCAUAUGCAUCUUGAAAGGCAUCAAAGCUGACAAAAUCCCUGACCCCACAGGUUCAGGAAAAAAAAUAGAGGAUUUCUGGGGUCCAGCUAAGAGACUUCUUGGUGACAUUCGAUUUCUACAGUCACUUCAUGAAUAUGACAAAGACAACAUUCCUCCAGCUUACAUGAGCAUCAUAAGAAAAAAUUAUAUUCCAAAUCCAGAUUUCGUUCCAGAAAAGAUUAGAAAUGCUUCCACAGCAGCUGAAGGGCUGUGCAAAUGGGUCAUUGCAAUGGAUUCAUAUGAUAAAGUGGCAAAAAUAGUAGCUCCCAAAAAGAUAAAACUGGCUGCAGCUGAAGGGGAGCUUAAAAUUGCCAUGGAUGGUCUUAGAAAAAAGCAGGCAGCCCUGCAGGAAGUUCAGGACAAGUUGGCCAAGCUUCAGGAAACGCUCGAACUAAAUAAACAGAAGAAGGCUGACUUGGAAAACCAGGUUGACUUGUGCAGCAAAAAGCUAGAACGAGCUGAGCAGUUGAUUGGCGGCCUUGGGGGCGAGAAAACGCGAUGGAGCCUAACGGCUCUGGAGCUGGGGAUGCUGUACAUCAAUUUGACAGGUGAUAUCCUCAUUUCCUCAGGAGUCAUCGCUUACCUGGGAGCCUUUACAUCUUACUAUAGACAGAGCCAAACCAAGGAGUGGAUAAAUUUGUGCAAAGGAAGAGAUAUCCCCUGCUCUGAUGAUUAUUCCCUUAUGGAUAUCCUGGGAGAAGCGGUGACAAUUCAAGCCUGGAAUAUUGCUGGAUUACCUUCGGACUCAUUUUCCAUCGAUAACGGGAUCAUCAUAAUGAAUGCAAGAAGGUGGCCUCUGAUGAUAGAUCCUCAAGGUCAGGCUAAUAAAUGGAUCAAGAACAUGGAAAAAGCUAACAGUCUUCACCUAAUUAAAUUAAGUGAUCCUGACUAUGUCAGGACUCUGGAAAAUUGCAUCCAGUUUGGUACUCCUGUAUUGCUCGAAAAUGUUGGAGAAGAACUAGAUCCCAUCCUGGAACCACUUCUGCUAAAACAGACCUUUAAGCAGAGUGGAAGUACAUGUAUCCGACUUGGGGAUGCUAUCAUUGAAUAUGCACCAGACUUCCGCUUCUAUAUUACCACCAAGCUAAGAAAUCCUCAUUAUCUUCCUGAAACUUCAGUAAAGGUAACAUUAUUAAACUUCAUGAUAACUUCCGAGGGGAUGCAAGAUCAGCUUUUGGGAAUUGUGGUGGCACGAGAAAGACCAGACCUUGAAGAAGAAAAACAAGCCUUGAUAUUACAAGGAGCUGAAAACAAAAGGUUGACCCUUAGGCUUCAAAUUCUCAAGGAUCACUUUACAUAUUCCCUCUAUGUUAAUAUCUGCCGGUCACUCUUUGAAAAGGACAAGCUACUCUUUUCCUUUUGUCUAACUGUCAAUCUGCUGAUACACGAGGGUGCGAUUAAUAAAGCUGAGUGGAGAUUUCUUCUAACUGGUGGCAUUGGACUGGAUAAUCCUCAUACCAACCCUUGUACAUGGCUUCCCCAAAAAUCUUGGGAUGAAAUAUGUCGACUAGAUGAUUUGCCUUCCUUCAGAACCAUUCGGAAGGAGUUUAUGCGCUUAAAGGAUGGAUGGAAAAAAGUAUAUGAUAGUUUGGAACCACAUCAUGAAGUUUUUCCUGAUGCUUGGGAAGUUAAAGCAAAUAAGUUUCAAAGGAUGCUUAUUAUUCGUUGCUUGCGGCCGGACAAGGUUAUUCCAAUGGUGCAAGAAUUUAUAAUCAACAAGCUGGGGCGUGUAUUCAUUGAACCACCCCCCUUUGACUUAUCCAAGGCAUUUGCAGAUAGUAACUGCUGUGCACCACUGAUUUUUGUGCUCUCUCCUGGAGCGGACCCCAUGGCCGCCCUUCUAAAAUUUGCUGAUGACCAGGGAUAUGGGGGAUCAAAACUUAGCUCCUUAUCUCUUGGUCAAGGCCAAGGGCCCAUAGCUAUGAAGAUGUUAGAAAAAGCUGUCAAGGAAGGCACAUGGGUUGUUCUUCAGAACUGUCACCUUGCCACCUCCUGGAUGCCAACCCUCGAGAAAGUUUGUGAGGAGUUAAGCCCAGAAUCAACACACCCAGAUUUCCGAAUUUGGCUGACGAGUUACCCAUCUCCAAAUUUCCCCGUGUCUGUACUGCAGAAUGGAGUGAAAAUGACCAAUGAAGCACCAAAAGGUUUACGAGCUAAUAUCAUUCGAUCAUACCUCAUGGAUCCGAUCUCUGACCCCGAGUUCUUUGGCAGCUGCAGAAAGCCUGUUAUCUAUACCAUUUGCAGCAACUUGAGCUCUCAAUUUUAGGAACUGCCUUAUGAUGCUCUGCGAUACAUGACCGGAGAAUGUAAUUAUGGAGGCAGAGUGACGGACGACUGGGACCGGCGCACGCUGCGCAGUAUUCUGAACAAAUUCUUCAACCCAGAAUUAGUUGAAAAUCCAAACUAUAAAUUCGACUCAAGUGGCAUUUAUUUUGCUCCUCCUUCUGGUGAUCACAAAAGCUACAUCGAAUACACAAAGACUCUGCCCUUGACCCCAGCACCGGAAAUCUUUGGGAUGAAUGCCAAUGCAGAUAUCACUAAAGAUCAGUCAGAAACUCAGCUGUUAUUUGAUAACAUUCUUCUCACACAGUCUCGUUCAGCAGAUGCUGGUGCAAAAUCAUCAGAUGAAGUAGUAAAUGAGGUCGCAGGUGACAUCUUGGGUAAACUUCCAAACGACUUUGACAUCGAGUCUGCAAUGAGGAGAUACCCAACGACGUACACCCAGAGCAUGAACACUGUGCUUGUCCAAGAGAUGGGACGGUUCAACAAGUUGUUGCAGACCAUAAGAGAAUCAUGCAUUAACAUUCAAAAAGCAAUCAAGGGGCUAGUAGUGAUGUCCACAGAUCUUGAAGAAGUGGUUAGCAGCAUUUUGAAUGUCAAAAUUCCAGGAAUGUGGAUGAGUAAAUCAUAUCCAAGCCUUAAACCCCUUGGGAGCUAUGUGAAUGACUUCCUUGCAAGACUAACUUUCUUGAGGCAAUGGUACGAGGUCGGCCCUCCUCCAGUCUUCUGGCUGUCUGGGUUCUUCUUCACACAAGCCUUCCUGACUGGUGCCCAGCAGAACUACGCCAGGAAAUACACCAUCCCCAUUGAUCUCCUGGGGUUUGACUAUGAAGUGAUGGAAGACAAAGAAUAUAAGACUGCUCCAGAAGAUGGUGUUUUCAUUCAUGGGUUAUUUCUGGAUGGAGCUUCCUGGAGCAGAAAGACAAAGAAACUUGCAGAAUCACUUCCCAAAAUUCUUUAUGAUACAGUGCCUGUGAUGUGGUUAAAACCCUGUAAGAGGGUGGAUAUACCAAAACGACCAAGUUAUGUUGCUCCAUUGUAUAAAACAAGUGAGCGAAAAGGAACGUUAUCCACCACUGGCCAUUCUACGAAUUUUGUGAUUGCCAUGACUCUGCCCUCUGACCAGCCCAAGGAGCACUGGAUUGGACGGGGUGUAGCAUUGUUAUGUCAACUUAAUUCAUAAUUAGAAGAUGCCAUGGACCUGUUCCCACUUCUUGUUAAAUGGUUGAGUAUCGAACACAUUUUACUUUUUAAACAAUUUAUUUGGUUUAAAUCAAUUUGACUAAAGUUAUACUUAAUUAUAAAUGUAUUCAUGUGCAAGUGCAGCCUCUGUUUAAAAUGAUUCACACGAUAGUUUAAAGAAAUGUCCUGAAAUAAAGA